AUGAGUACCACAUCUUUUGGAGGAUAUAUUGUUAAAAAUAAAGAACAAUACGAACGAAUCUCCCGUGCUGUCUAUGUGAGGAAAUCAGUAAGACUUCUGAGACUUGAUAGGGGAUUUAGAAAAGACAUGGACACAUUACAAGUCGUAUGUGGACUUUGUGAUUGGUCAGGACAACUACUAUUCUAUCAAACGCAUCUCGAACAAUGUCACAAGCAAUACGUAUGUUCGUUCUGUAGUAGCAUAUUUGAUUCUCAAUUGCUAUUAAACGAACAUGAAGAAAACGCGUGUCCGAAAAAGCCAGUGUACUGUUGUCUAAAAGAAUUCGGAUGUAAAGAACAGAUGUUGCGCAGCGAAUUGAAAACUCAUUAUCUAACGGAAGAGCAUGGUAGAAGUUUGACAGCAUGUGUGGUUGAAAUCCAAAAAAUGCAAUCGAGUACAGAUGUCGAUAUGAAAACGGAAGCAUCGAGUUCAGCAUUCGAAACAUCGACAAAGGCAUCUUUAGCGACAGAGCUGAAUGAAAAUGACGAUACAAUGGAGGAAGUUUUUAAAGUAUUGGGUCUUUUCUCUGCUGGUGCUCGAAGUGUAAGAGAAGAACUUCAACGUUUGGCUCAAGAAGAAGCGCAAAUGAAUCGAGCUGUUGAAGAGACAGAAAAAAACUACUCAUCCAUCAGAACAUCGACGGAAGAUUCAAAGAACAUGUUAAGCGCGAUACAAACAAAUUUGACCGUUCUUCGAGAAGAUCUAUUAAUGUUGAACACUCGAUUCGAAGAACAACAAGUCACUUCUAAUGAUGGUAUACUCAUCUGGAAAAUUACUGGAGUUAGUACGAAAUUCAAUGAUGCUCGGUCCGAACGACAAACAUCAAUCUACUCACCGCCAUUUCGAUCAUCACCAUCGGGGUAUCUUAUGAGGGCUCGUCUAUAUCUUUUCGGCGAUGGGAAUGCACGGCGUACACAUAUUUCUCUAUUUUUUGUGCUGUUACGUGGUCAACACGAUUCUAUUCUGCCGUUUCCGUUCAAUCCUAAAGUAACAUUUUGCCUCUACGAUCAAACUCCAGCGAAAGCUCACAUUGUGGAAUCGUUUCGACCUGACCCAAAGUCGAACAGUUUUCAACAACCGCGCUCGGAUAUGAACAUCGCAAGCGGAAUUCCCAGAUUUGCUCCUCUAAAAGUAAUCGAAGAUUCUGACACUCCCUACGUCAAAAAUGAUACAAUGUUCAUCAAAGUAAUUGUGGACUUUGAAAAUAUUCCGAAAGUAGUCGUACCAUUCGCCGCAAAAUUAAAUCCGGGUUUACCUACGCAUAUUCAGCAUAGACUAAUUCAACGCGAAAUCGAACAGAGAGCACAAGCGGCCAAACCAACGAACUUGAUAUCUACGGAUAACAAAAUAGAAACAAAUAAAAGCUGA